GUGAUGACGUAAUGGCGCUGGCGCACACUGUCGGCGACGUGGAGGUUCGGCUGGGGCUGUAGGUGGAGCAUUUUUAAGGUCAUCUGCAUCGUCUGACUGAGGAAAAGAUGGUCAACGUCUUGAAAGGAGUGCUUAUAGAAUGUGACCCUGCCAUGAAGCAGUUUCUGCUGUACUUGGACGAGUCAAAUGCCCUGGGGAAGAAGUUCAUCAUUCAAGACAUCGAUGACACCCACGUCUUCGUGAUAGCGGAGUUGGUUAACGUCCUCCAGGAGCGAGUAGGUGAACUGAUGGACCAAAAUGCCUUUUCUCUUACCCAGAAGUGAAAAUAUUAGAUGUACACCACUUAGGAAUUAAACGUAACAAAUGUGAGAGAGACUGUCACCACCAAGUAUCUUCUGUGACAAGUAAGACUUAGAGAACUGCUGAGAGGCGUGCUGCGGGAAACACUGAGGUAUCCUUUGUUCAGGAAAAAAGCCCCCGAACCUAGUUCCUCCUUCUGUUUUUUUCCAAUACAUGUACCUA